UUUCGUUCAAAUAUUUUCAGCCUGAAGAUAAACGGACUCUCUCUGAGAACAGCAGUGAACAAAAAAAGACUGGAUUUUUAAUAUAAUUUUUAUAUAACGUAUUGUACCGUAAACCAGAGACGCAAGCAAUAUAAAGGGAGAAGCACCAGGUCACUGGUAAAUCAGUGUGGUGUGUUGGGUUUAUCAUGGCGGAGGGCGAGGCCGAGUGGGAGCUGUGCAAAGAGAACAUCCAGCCACUGAGACGAGGCCGAGCCAUCUCAGCCCUGCACCAAGCUCUCCAGCAGCAGGAGGGCUCCAGUGCUGCUCUCAACCAACAGAAACAGGCGUAUGAGACAGAGCUGCGCAUGUACGAUGGAGAUGACCCUCUUGAUGUUUGGGACAGAUACAUAAAAUGGACAGAGCAGAACUACCCACAGGGAGGAAAGGAGAGCAGCUUCAGUAUUCUUCUAGAAAGAGUCGUCAUGAAGUUCACAGAAGAGAAGAAAUAUCAUAACGAUGCUCGUUACGUUGAUCUGUGGAUCAGAUUUGCAGAAGGCUGCUCUGACCCUCUAGAUGUCUACCGGUAUAUGCAGUCUCAGGGAAUAGGCACGAUGCAGGCGUCUUUUUACAUUUCCUGGUCUGAAGAAUACGAGAAAAGAGGAAACUCACGGAUGGCUGACACUAUUUUCCAGGACGGUUUAAAGUGUGGAGCCGAACCACUAGAUAAGCUCCAGCAGUUUCACAAGGCACUGCAGGCACGUGUGUGCAGGCAGAUGAUGACAUCAGUGUUGGUUCAGGAGAAAGCAGAUGAGCCUCCAGAGCCUCAGAGGAUUUCUCUCGUGGAGCUUAAAGCAAAGGGGAAGAAAAAAACAUUCGCCCCCAUCAACAGGGUGACUGGAUCUGUUGGUUAUGCACGGGGUCUGCAAUUUUCUCAACCUCUUGGGUCGACGAAGAACAGUCGACUUAUGGUUUUUGAUGAGAAUAAGGAGCAUUUUGAUCCUCAGGAGCCCAGCUUUGAAAGCUGGACUGCUCCGCCCACUUCUAGAGCUAAGGAGAAUGAGCAGAAGCCUGAUAAAUGGUCUAAUGUUAAGUUGCCUCAGAAGUCCAGAUUUGGUCAUACUGUUAUGGCUCCACCACCAAAGGCAAAUUUCCAGCCCUUUGUGGAGGAGAGUGAUCAGCCUCCUGCAGUAACUCCGUGUAAGGUUAACCCUGCAGUAAAUACGGUUCUAUCAGCGAGGAAACCCCAGCGGGAAGAGCAGACUCCACUGAAGAGGUUACAGGACAGACAGCAGCACAUGCAGCUCCAGCAGGAGGACGAGAGUAAAACCGGGGUGAAGAGCAUGUACUGCAAAGAGCUGCUCUUCAGCGGCAUCUCAGAGUUCUGUUUUGAGGAGCUUCGGGCCGAGCGGUACCGCCAGAAAUGCAGCCGGAGACUGGAGACGGGCGGAGACGCUACAGAGCAGCCGCAGUCCAGUUAAAGAGACUGAAGGAGAGAACUGAAUCCUGGACGCCCCUUUUCUGUACAUUUUUAAACUUCUUCUUUUUGCUGUAACACACCAGAAAAAAAACUACCAACAGACUAGUGCAUCUCAAAACAUUAGAAUAUCAUUGAAAAGUUACUUUAUUUCAGUAAUUCAAAAUGUGAAACUCAUAGAUUAUAUAGAUGUAUUAAACACAGAGUGAUCUAUUUUAAGCCUUUAUUUCUUUUCUACAGCCAAUGAAAACCCAAAAAGAGUGUUUCAGAAAAUUUGAAUUUUAUAUAAGACCAACUAGUACUUUUGGCAGUGUGGGCAGUGUGCCAAGUCCUGCUGGAAAAUGAAAUCCCCAUCACCUUUGACUUUGGACUUAAUAAUAAAACACAGUGGAUCAACACCAGCAGAUGACAUGUCUCUACAUAAAACCAUCACUGAUUGGUGGAAACUUCACACUAGACCUCGAGCAGUUUGGACUGUGUGUCUCUCCACUCUUCCUCCAGACUCUGAUCCCUUGAUUUACUUUAAAUUCAAUGUAAAAUGUACUGAUGAUCAGUGAUGGUUUGGAGAGUCAUGUCUGUCAUCUGCUGGUGUUGAUCCACUGUGUUUUAUUAUCAAGUCUAAAGUCAGUGCAGUUUUGUUUUCCCACAAAAUCUUACAGCACUUCAUAUCUUACAGCUUCCCUCUGCUGAUAACAACUUUUAUGGAGAUGUGGAUUUUAUUUUCCAGCAGGACUUGGCACACUACCCACACUGCCAAAAGUACCAAUUGGUCUUAUAUAAUAUUCCAAUUUUCUGAGACACUGAUUUUGGGGUUUUUAUCGUCUGUAAGCUUCAUAAUCAUCAACAAUAGAAGAAAUAAACGCUUAAAAUAGAUCUCUCUGUUUUUUUUGGAGAUGCACUAGUACAUACUAACACUCUAAUAUACACUCUGAAUACUUUAAAUAGGUCUCUAAAGUUGGUAUGUGUGUGUUUUUUGUUUUGUUUAUGUUUGUCCUGUUGGUUUUACCUGAGAAGAAAUCAGCUGAUCUGAGUCUAAAUCUGGUAAAGGCUGUACUUAUUAUACUACAAUUCAUUCUGAUGUCUUAUUGUAGCAGCAGGGGGGUUGCUCGGGUGUUGUAUACUGUUGCUGUAGUGUGACAAAAUUAGGAAUAUCCUGCAUUUUUACUUUUAAUUUUAUUUUUUUUUUAAUUUUAUUAUUAUUAUUUUUUUUAAUAUCUCUAUUUAAACAAACAUGUAAAGCCCUAUCCGGAUGGGAUUAUUUUCUCAGGUGCUUUUGGGGUUAUUUCCUUUUUUUAUGGGGUUUUUUUUAUCCUUUGUGAUUUUUAUUCUCAUCCCCUAAGAAAAUUACUGGCUGAAUUAUCUUCUGUUUUUUUCUGAACUCAGUGGCCGUCCAUCCGGACGCACAUCUCUGAGUUUCGUCUCCUCACGUUUAAUAAAAUAGAUAUUUGUCCACUGCCGUGCACCAUAGUUACACUUUGGGCGUGCAUUUCCACAGAGAUCCACGUUAAAAACACAGCGAGUGGAAAUGGAGGAGCUACUGAACACCGUGAUGUCAUGUGACAUGUUUUUAUAAUUGCAAUCACUGAGUAAAAAUGUGAAAUAUUUUUCACAGAAAAACUAAUCCCAUCCGGAUAGCGUGUAAAUUAGGAAUAUAAGCUAUCACACAGCUGUUUUAAGCAACUGUUACUUUAUUUGCUUUUUAAUUGAGCAAUUUUGUUCUUUUUAUUAAGUGCAGAAAACAUGCUGGUGGUGAUUAGCUUUGCAACUAGAACUAAAUUUUUUGGAAAAAAUGCAAAUAAAACUAGUCAAUUUCUAAGAUGGAAAAAUGGGAUUUAGAAGUACUUCAAAAUUGUGUGUUGUUUAUUACUCAUGUUUCCUAAAGCUUCAGCCCUUUUGAGGUACAAAAAUAGGUUGCAAAAUAUUGGUCAGUAUUGCAGUAUUGUAAUAUUGCUUAAAAGUAUACGCUCAACAUGUUUCCUGUCUUUGUGCAUUUCUAGUAUUCCUUUAUUUUCAUGUUCCAUCAGUCCCAUAUAGAUCCUACCUGAUGAUGAAGACUCUUAGGGUUGUAUUUCUGUGGUUGUAACUGUCUGUGUGCUUUUGUGUAUAUAGUUGUUGUUGUAUAACACUGCCGUAUAAGAGACUAAACAGCUGUGUAGUGUUCACAUUGUAUAUUUCUUUUUCUUCUUUUGUACUUUUGUAAUUAUGUUCAGAGAUGGUACAGACUCUAACCAGUGUAAACUCUUUCUGUUGUUGCUCUGUGCAUUUACACACUGUGAGAACCAGCUUUAAUAGCGUGUAAUAAACAAAAGCAACAUUUUUUUAUUGCAA